AUGGAGAUCAAGGAUAUGAAAGAGUUGAAGUGGCCUUCAAGGAUGAAGUCAUCCCCUGACACAAGAGAUAGGAGCAAGUAUUGUGAAUUUUACCAAGAUCAUGGGCAUACCACGGAGGAUUAUCAAGCCUUACAGCGGGAGGUUGAAGUCCUCAUCAAAAGAGGGCUCUUAAGAAAUUAUAUCGAUCAUGAUAAACGCCCGAGGAAUCAUCGUGACAAUCGAAAAGAGCCUGGAGUAGGAAGCAGUGCUCAACCCACUGCUGGGACCAUUAAUAUUAUCAUUGGAGGCAUAGCAUCUGGAGGAGACACAAACAGUGGGCGAAAGCAGCAUGCCCGUCGACAUGCUCAUACCCCAAAGGAAUCCCAUGACGAAGUGAAAGACAUUACCUUUGGGGCAAAUGAUUUGGAAGGAGUAUCAUAUCCUCAUGACGAUGCCUUGGUGGUCUCUGCAAUUGUGGCUAACUUCGAAGUAAAGAGGAUUCUGAUCGAUAAUGGGAGUGCAGCAAAUAUACUAUCACAGGAAGCUUUUGCUAAGAUGGGGAUCUCUCCCAAACAACUCAAAACAGUUAAAACUCCUCUACAGGGAUUUGGUGGUAGAGUCAUUAUCACGGAAGGAAUCGUCGAGCUUCCGCUUACUUUGGGCUCUGACAAUGUCCAAGUGACGGAGAUCACACCCUUCCAAGUGGUUAACACUUAUAUGGCUUACAACAUCAUUCUGGGAAGACCCCUGCUGAACAAGAUCCAGGCAAUUGUAUCAACUUUCCACCUGGCUAUGAAGUUUCCAACAGGUCAUGGCAUCGGAGUCGUUCGAGGAGACCAAGCAGCUUCCAAGUAG